AUGAUAAUGACAGAAUCCCGGGAAGUUACAGACUUAGACCCUCCAGCUCAGACUUCGCAGGAGCCUCAAGACCUCCUGAUAGUGAAGGUGGAAGAAGACGACUGCACCUGGACGCAGGUGUGCAGUCCACCAGCAUUUGAGACUUUUUACCAGCGCUUCAAGCAUUUCCAGUACCAUGAAGCGGCAGGACCCCGGGAGGCGCUCAGCCAACUCCGGGUGCUCUGCUGUGAGUGGCUGAGGCCGGAGCUGCACACCAAGGAACAGAUCCUGGAGCUGCUGGUGCUGGAGCAGUUCUUGACCAUCCUGCCCGAAGAGUUCCAGACCUGGGUGCGGGAGCAUCACCCUAAAAGUGGGGAAGAGGCGGUGGCUGUGGUAGAAAAUAUACAGAGACAACUUGAGGAACGCAGCCAACAGAUUGUUGCAUGUCCUGAAGUGCUGCCCCAGAAGACAGUGCCCGCUGGAACGGUGCAGGAAGCCCUCAGUGAGCAGCGCCUGCCCACGGACAGCCAGCCUAAAGAGGAGCCCCAGCAAGUUCAUCCUCCGCAGGAAAAUGCUCUUCCUAUUCUCCAGGCUCCUUCCCUUUCCUUGAAGGACAGCCUUAGAGACAAGGAGCUGACACCCUCACUUCUCUCAGCUGGGUCCCAGAAGUUGGUGACAAUUCAAGAUGUGGCUGAUAUGACUGUUUCCUUGAUCUUGGAGGAAUGGGAACAUGUGGACCAGUCCCAGAAGAACCUUUAUAGGAAUGACAAGAAGGAGAAUUGUGAGAGCAUUACUUCCAUUGAUCAUGAGUCCAGGAAUGACAACCCGGAAUUUGCAGGAGAGCAGAUUUCUGACAAAGCUGAAUCCCACUGGAUGACAUCAGAAAGCACUGAAAGGAAUGUUCCCCAGAGUCCAGACUUGGCAGAAGUUAGUGACCUUAAGGGCAUGGUAGAAGGGUGUCAGGUAAACCCCACUGUGGGGAGAUCAAGGCAAAACCCUUCUCAGAAAAGAGAUGUUGGUGAUUUCCCCGGCAUUACACGUAAGCAAAACACCGCUGGGGAGAGAGGUCACAAAUGUAAUGAUUGUGGUAAAUUUUUCCUUCAAGCCUCAAACUUUAUCCAGCACCGGCGCAUCCACACAGGAGAAAAACCGUUUAAAUGUGGCGAAUGUGGAAAAAGCUACAAUCAGCGUGUGCACCUCACUCAACAUCAGAGAGUCCACACGGGUGAGAAGCCUUACACGUGUCAGGUGUGUGGAAAAGCUUUCCGGGUGAGCUCACACCUUGUUCAGCAUCAUAGCGUGCACACUGGAGAGAGACCCUAUGGAUGUCAGGAAUGUGGAAAACACUUUCGUCGGCACUCCCAUCUGGUUGAACACCUGAGACGCCACUUCAGGGAGAAAUCCCAAAGAUGCAGUGAUAAAAGAAGGAAGAAUACGAAAGUGAAUGUUAAGAAGAAAAUGUCAGAACUUUCAGAACCAGACCUGGAGCUGUCAGAAAAAAUCCAAAGAACAGUUUCUCAAGUUCAGGAUUUCAGAGAAGACUGCGAACACCCAGACAAGCUGGGCAGAAACCAGGGAAUUCCCGGGACUGCGAUACUCAGACAGCCCACUUCAAAGAGGAUAACUUGCAAGGAAGCCACAUACGUCCAUAAAAAGUCCCCUGCAGGAGAGAGACCGUAUAAAUGUGAGGAAUGUGGUAAAAGCUUUAUUCAGAGUGCACAUCUUACUCAACAUCAGAGAAUACACACUGGGGAGAAGCCAUUUAAGUGUGACGAAUGUGGGAAAAGCUACAAUCAGCGUGUGCACCUCACUCAACAUCAGCGAGUCCACACAGGUGAGAAGCCCUACGUCUGCCAUUUAUGUGGGAAAGCCUUUAGAGUGAGAUCGCAUCUUGUCCAGCAUCACAGUGUCCACAGUGGCGAGAAACCCUUUAAGUGUAAUGAAUGUGGAAAGAGCUUUGGCCGGCGAUCACACCUUGCUGGACACCUGAGACUCCACACCCGAGAGAAAUCCCAUCAGUGUCAAGAAUGUGGAGAAAUCUUUUUUCAGUAUGUCAGCCUAAUCGAGCAUCAGGUUGUCCACAUGGGCCAGAAGAGUGAGAAAAAUGGCCUUUGUGAAGAAGCAUACAGUUGGAACUUAACAGUGUUUGAGGAUAAGAAGCUUGAAUUACAAGAGCAGCCUUCUAAGUGUGAUCUAUGCAGAAAAACUUUUAAUUCAGGGACAGACCUUAUUCAGCAUUACAGAACUCACUCAGAAGAGAAAACCUAUGAAUGUGAUAUAUGUAGAGACGAUGUGGACCAGUGUCCUCACCUUCAACAGCAUCAAAACUAUUCCAGCGCAAAAUCCUGUCAAUGUAAUGCAUGUGGAAGAGGCUUCACACUGAAGUCACAUCUCAGUCACCAUCGAAGGAUCCAUACUGGUGAGGAUCCUUAUCAAUGUGAAGAAUGCGGAAUGAGUUUCAGCUGGAGUUGUAGCCUCUUUGAACAUCUGCGAAGCCACAAGAGAACAGAUCCCUUAAAUACAUGAAGUGUUUAG